AUGUCACAUGCCGCCGCCGCCAAAUAUGUGUGGCACGAAGACGAUGAGCCGCCGCCGGUGAGCUCGAGCGUGGUGCCGGAUGAGGACGUCGCGCAUGUGGCAGAUCCGAGGCCAGCUAUUGUGCGCCUUACGCAUGCAUGGCUCAAUGAGCGUGGCACACCCGAGCUCCAGCCAUGGCCCGCCGAUGCCUUUGAUGCGGUGAUGGACCAGUUGCAGCAUCAGCAGGCUAUUCUUGACUCGCUCAUGACGGAUACGUCGACGUCGGAAGAGGAACAUUUCCGGCUCAAUCUCGUGCAGCUGGACGCUGAUCGAGCGAAAUGGCUCGUACGCUCGUUUCUGCGCGCGCGUCUCGUCAAGCUGGAGACGUACGCGCCGUACCUGGCCUCGCAGCCAUCUGAGCAGGUGCGCCUGUCGGAUCUCGAGCUGGGCUACGUCAAGCGGUAUGAACAGCUCAUGUCGGAGCACAUGCAGUCGGCUGUGUUGCAGUAUUUGCCGGAGCCCAUGCGCGGGAUGGACGAUCCGCCCCCCGGCGGUGCCUCGGGCGCCCCUGGCGGCAUGGUGACGGCACCACGUCUGGAUGCGCCGGUGUUUAUAUACUGCCGCGACGACGGCGGCUUCCUGACCCUGUCAGAGGACGAAAAAGUCGCGCUACUUCGGGGAAGUAUCCACGUCGUGCCGUACCGCGCCGUGCGCACGCUGCUACACCAGGGUCGCGUGGAGCUUUUGUAA